AAGCAAAUCCAAGAAAACGCCAUUUGAUUUUUGAAUGCGUGUCUCAAAAUAACCCUGAAACCUUAAUAAAAGCAACCUUCUACUGUCCUCAACAUUCCUCCACUUCUUUCCCUGUUUUCCUCUUUUCUCCCUUUGCCUUUGGGCCCCCCUCUCAUAAUCCUAAAAUACCCCACACUUCAUUAUUAUAUCUUCUUCAACCAGCAACCUCUUGUACUACUCAUAUCUUCUAACUUAAAAAUCUUUUUUCUCCCUCCAACCACUUUGUUCUUUUUUGAUUUCUGCCAUGGCUUGUAACUUUCAAGAACCAGAGUUUUGGUUGCCUUCUGAGUUCCUAACGGACGACGAAAUACUCAUGGGACAUGGGAACUUGAAGAAGACGGAGGGACGGAAGAAUGAUUUCUCAGACUUGAAUCUCUGUUUCCCCACUGACUUCCCUUAUGAUUUUGGUCCUUCGGCGUUGGGUUCUCCAGUUGAGUCUUUUGUUGGUUCCACUGAGACAGAAAGCGAUGAGGAAGACGCUCUUGCUGGGUUAACUCGUCAGUUAACUCGCACAUCUCUUAACUCAAACCUUCCUCAGCAUCAAGUCGAGAAAAAUUGGGUGCACUCUGGUUCACCCCAGUCAACCCUCGCUCAAAUUGGAAGCUGGUCGGGUCGGAGCUCCGGGUCUAGCAAUGGUAGCCCCAACGGGCCUUCUCAGAUGUCUUCUCCCCCAACUUCGCCGCUUGGUGCUCAAAAUGACGCUUGGAAUCUUAUAUACCAAGCAGCGGGCCAAGUUGCAAGGAUGAAGAUGCAUGGCGGGUUUGGACCCGCCCGAAAUCAAGGACUUCCCGGACCGCCUCGAGGCGUCCAUCAUCCGGUCCAGCCUUCAGCCCCCAUGGAAACCCCCAACUCUUGCUUCAGUAAUAAUACUCAUUUUGAGCAAGCCAGAAGAGAGCAAAUGGCGAGGCAACAGAGCAGUGCCAUGUUGAAUAGGCAAGUGAAGAAUGGAUGGUUUAACGAGCAGCCUGUCUGUCAAAAUAGAGGUUUAAGAUCGGGAUUUGGAGUUGGAGGUUUUGGGGAAGGCAACAGGUGCGGAAGGGUAGUCGCUGACUCGGGUCAAACAGGAUGGGCUGGUCUGCCAUUUGAGCAGCAAAAUCAGUACCAAGGCCAAUCUGGGUCGGGUAUGCGGGUGGGUCACAUUGGUGGAUCUGGUAACGGUGGCGUUAACAAGAAGAGGGAGUGUGCUGGCACUGGCGUUUUUCUGCCUAGGAGAUAUUGUAGCCAGAAUUCUUCUGAUUAUCGCAAGAAACCAGGGUGUUCCACUGCUUGGCUUCCUGCUAGGGUUGUUGAGUCUUUGAAUAAGAACAUUGAUGGCUUAAAUGGCAUUCCUUCUCAACCCCAGCACCAGCCUCAAUCUCAGCCUCAUGCUCAUCCUCAACCGCUACGGUUCAAUGCUGGAUUUGUUUCCGAAUAUGAAAUAUUAAUGGCUAGGAGUAAUGCAUUGCUUGCACAACAGAGGAGAAAUCUACAACAAGAAGGAACAAUGAAUCUUGAAGUACGCCUUCCUCAGGAAUGGACGUACUGACGUUCUUUAUUAUUAGUUUAUCAGGAAAUGGUCUUUAGGUUAAUUUCCUUUUGGUUUUAGGAAGGAUUGCAAGUAGAAAAAUAGAUAGUCCAGUGAUAUAAUAUCCAAAGUCAGUUUUGUGGAAAACAAAAUGUCUGAAUUACAAGGAAAUGGUUCCUGGUAAUCAGAAGAAAGGCAAUAAGUGAUGUUUAAUUUUCUUUCAGCUUAGUCUAUUAGAAUAUCAAGUGUUAAUGACGAUUAUGUCCUUAGGCGUA